CACCAUCCCCUACCCUCACUUAUUGUCACUCACUCACCAAUUCUUCUUUCUCUUUCUCUUUCUCUUUCUCUAUCCAUAAACACAUGCCUCCAAUGUUGCCGGAUUUCUCCAACUCCGUCAAGCUCAAGUAUGUCAAACUUGGCUACCAAUACCUAGUGAACCACAUUCUCACCCUCACUCUCAUACCCAUCAUGAUAGGUGUCUUCAUAGAGGUUCUUCGCUUGGGCCCUGACGAGAUCCUCAACCUCUGGAACUCUCUCCACUUUGACCUCCUCCAAAUCCUAUGCUCAGCCUUCCUCAUAAUCUUCAUAGCCACCGUCUACUUCAUGUCAAAGCCCCGCACCAUCUACCUCGUCGACUACGCCUGCUUCAAGCCACCCGUCACGUGCCGCGUCCCCUUCGCAACCUUCAUGGAACACUCCAGGCUCAUCCUCAAGAACAACCCCAAGAGCGUCGAGUUUCAGAUGAGGAUUCUCGAACGCUCUGGCCUCGGGGAAGAGACCUGUCUCCCCCCCGCCAUUCACUACAUCCCUCCCAAACCCACCAUGGAAGCCGCCAGGGGAGAGGCUGAGCUCGUCAUCUUCUCCGCCAUGGAUUCCUUGUUCGACAAGACCGGCCUCAAGCCUAAGGACAUAGACAUUCUUAUUGUCAAUUGCAGCCUCUUCUCUCCCACUCCUUCUCUCUCUGCUAUGGUGAUUAACAAGUACAAGCUGCGGAGCAACAUCAAGAGCUUUAACCUCUCUGGCAUGGGUUGCAGCGCUGGCUUGAUAUCCAUUGACUUGGCACGUGACCUUCUCCAAGUCCACCCUAACUCAAACGCCGUCGUUGUCAGCACCGAGAUUAUAACUCCCAACUACUACCAAGGAAACGAGAGAGCCAUGCUUCUUCCCAAUUGUUUGUUCCGAAUGGGGGGUGCUGCUAUUUUGUUAUCCAACCGUAGGUCUGAACGUAGGAGAGCCAAGUAUAGGUUGGUCCACGUCGUUCGAACUCACAAAGGAGGCGACGACAAAGCAUACCGUUGCGUGUUUGAGGAAGAAGACAAAGAAGGCAAAGUAGGGAUUUCGCUUCAGAAGGAUCUCAUGGCGAUUGCAGGUGAGGCUCUCAAGUCCAACAUAACUACCAUGGGUCCUCUCGUGCUUCCCGCUUCGGAGCAGUUGCUGUUCCUUCUCACUCUUAUUGGUAGGAAAAUCUUCAACCCCAAAUGGAAGCCUUAUAUUCCUGACUUCAAACAAGCCUUUGAGCACUUCUGCAUCCAUGCUGGAGGCCGUGCUGUGAUUGACGAGUUGCAGAAGAAUCUUCAGCUUUCUGCGGAGCAUGUUGAGGCCUCGAGGAUGACCCUGCACAGGUUUGGGAACACUUCCUCUUCUUCUCUUUGGUAUGAGCUCAACUACAUUGAGUCCAAGGGGAGGAUGAAGAGAGGGGACAGGGUGUGGCAGAUAGCGUUUGGGAGUGGCUUUAAAUGCAACAGUGCUGUCUGGAAGUGCAACAGAAGCAUUAAGACACCGGUUGAUGGGCCUUGGACUGAUUGCAUUGAUCGUUACCCCGUUCAUAUUCCUGAGAUCGUUAAGCUCUAGGACGAGAAUUGAACAAAGGGAAACAAAUUAUUAUUGGUUUCAGUAAUGAUCCUUCUCAAUAUGCUGUACCCCUACCACAAUUCUCAUUUGUCAGUCAUAUUGGUUAUCAUAUUAUAUGCCACUUUUCAUAUAUAUUUUUGUUUUUUUUCUGUUUAUUUUCCAAACAAUUACAUGGGCCUGUUGAGAAUUUGCGUAGAGAUCGCCAACCGGUGUUCUAUGUAUUUAUUUAUGAAUGUGCAACAUGUAAGGGAAACACAGUUUCAGUUUCAAGUUUGUAUUUUGCUUACACUAUUGGAAGCUUGUAAUUAGGACUUGAAAUGUAAGAAGUAGUUUGCUUUGUUGUCAGCUGCGAGAAUUAAAGUUUCAUUAGCAUGGCCAAAAUGCAUUUAGCAGUAA